AUGUUCUACAUUACGGGAUAAAACAAGGAACAGCGUAUUAUUUUGUACACUCUUACGCUGUCCCAUAUAGUAACCAAUUAAAGGAAUGGACGCUUGCAGUUACACAAUAUGGCACCGAGAAAUUCGUCAGUGUCGUGCAAAAAGAUAACAUAUUUUGCACACAGUUUCAUCCAGAGAAAAGUGGGUACUCGGGACUCCGCGUUUUGAAGGCGUUUUUAGAGAUAAAUGGUGCAGCAGUUCAGAUUGCACUAAAAGAUGUAAACAUCAUUCAAAAUCCAGAUGAUGUUAACACAAAUAAUAAUGAUAAUAAAAGAGACCGAUUUAGAAAAAGAAUAAUUGCAUGUCUCGAUGUACGGACGAAUGAUGAAGGUGAUUUAGUAGUUACAAAGGGUGACCAAUAUGAUGUUAGGGAUCGCAUGACUACUACUGCCAAUGGCAACAACUACAUCAGUACUAAUAAUGGUUUGCCUAACGUAAUAAAUGUGGGUCAAGUAAGAAAUCUUGGGAAGCCUGUUGAUUUGGCUAAAAGAUAUUUUGACGAAGGUGCUGACGAGAUCACAUUUCUUAAUAUCACCAGUUUCCGUAAUUCUCCACUGACCGAUUUACCAAUGUUAGAAAUACUGCGUCGUACAUCAGAGACAGUAUUUGUCCCUUUAACAAUCGGCGGUGGAAUUCGUGACAUCAUCGAUCCGGACGGAACAUUUCACUCAGCUCUUGAAGUUGCCGGUGAAUAUUUUCGUUCGGGUGCCGAUAAAGUUUCAAUAGGCAGUGAUGCGGUAUAUGCUGUAGAGAAAUACCUAAAAAAUGGUAAAAAGUGCGAUGGAGACACAGCUAUUGAAACUAUAGCGCAUGCAUAUGGAUCUCAAGCAGUUGUGAUUUCAGUUGAUCCAAAAAGAGUAUAUGUCAAAACUCCCGCGGAUACUUAUCACCAUUGUCUUGAAACAUCGAUACCUGGUCCAAACGGCGAAAGAUAUUGUUGGUAUCAAUGUACAGUGAAAGGAGGCAGAGAAGCACGUGAUAUUGACGUGCAUCAAUUGGUUAGCGUGUGCGAAGUGAUGGGUGCUGGUGAAAUUUUGUUGAACUGUAUGGACCGGGAUGGUACAAAUUCCGGAUAUGAUAUUGAAUUAAUUCGUGACGUGAAAAAAUCAGUACGAAUUCCUGUUAUCGCUUCCAGUGGUGCAGGAAAUGAGGACCAUUUUGUUGAGGUGUUCCGUGAGACGGGGGUUGAAGCUGCCUUGGCUGCUGGCAUUUUUCAUCGACGCGAAGUCCCUAUUGAAAGUGUUAAAAGGGUUUUGAAAGGAAGGGACAUACUUAUAAGAGACAACGAUACGGUCCUGUAA